CGGCCCGUUUUGGCAGCAAUCCCCCGUUUCUUCCGCCUUCGUGUGAUCCGAAACACAGAAAUAGUUCAAAUCCCAGAAAAUGCAACUGUAAUUCACACAGAAUGGGGCUCAAGGGAGAGAAGAAGAAGGCCUCUCAUUCGUCAACAUCCCCUUGUGCCCAUCUCAGAGCUGCAUACCACAACUGCUUCAACAGAUGGUAUUCAGAGAAGUUCGUGAAGGGUCAGUGGGAGAAAGAGGAAUGUGUUUCUGAGUGGCAAAAAUACAGAGCUUGCCUUUCUGAACAUUUGGAUGAUAAGCAUCUGAGUCGAUUCUUGGAAGCUGAGGCCGUUGUCGAUCCAACUAUUCAAGAUGAAUCCGGAAGAAACCCAGUUGAGGGUGCAGCUUCUGGCGUUCCUCAGUAGUAUAAGUUCUUACUUUCAUUAAACUCGGGGAAAAACAAAAAAGAAAAGGCAAAUCAACAAGCUCAUGGUUAUUAUAGAGUUGAAAUCUAGGGUCUUUCAAGGGUGGAUUGUCAUUAGAUCAAUAUAAGGACCUUUAAUAAGGCUUUUCAUUCGACAUUAUGUUGUUUAAUGUUGUGGCUCAGCAAAGGUUCUGGUUUGUUAUGUGGAGAACCUCUGUUUCCAUUUUCCACUACUAGCAUGGCUUUCCCAGGCUUACAAUAAGAAGAUGGAACAAAAUUACAAUCACAAAAGGUUUCUGAAACAUCUUAUUGUUAUGCAGAACUUAGUAAAUUGAUUUCCAGUCUAAA